AUGUCUCUUUUGGAACAGCAGCUUUCUGCCAUUGCACAGAACACACAGACAGUGGCACUGGAUAGAAAGAGGAGAUCGAAAAUCCAUUCUGUCUCGUUCAUUUAUAGUUCGCAAGAGGCUGCCACCCAAGACUACGAGACGAUCUAUUAUGAAGCACUUGAAGCCCUCAAUCGUUUGGAGCAAAUUGACAAGCGGUUCGGAAAGUUUAGGCUAUCAAUCUUUAGUGAAACAUCGAUAGGUAUUGACAGACAGGUUCAAUCUCAAAAGCAAAACGAGAAUUUAGACAAAACAAUCAAUGCUUUUUUAUCUUUGGUUGCACCCUACUGGCAUCUGGCCAUCGCUCUCAGAGCCUCUGAAUGGCUGCUAAGAAGGUUCCAGAUUAAUUAUCACAACGCUGAGCAACUCUUGUUAACUACGCUUCCCUAUUAUAAAGAGCCUGUGUUCGAGAGAGUUUUAUACGUUUUGCCAAAAAUGCCAUUGAUGUUCCAAUGGCUCUCUGCAUUCAAAAAGGCAAAUCACAAACUGCCGUCAAGAAACAGUAUAAUAAAAGCGUUCACAGAUACUGACUUUUACAGUUUGUACUCCAAAUUCCUCGGCGAAGAAAUUGCAAAAAAUAAUCAAUAUCGGUUGCAACUUGUUUUCUUCGUCAGCAUGACGAUUUCUGCGCUCGCUGCGUUGGCAUCUGAGAACUCAAUCAAGCUGGUUGAUUUUGUUCCCCAUGUACUCACUAUUUGUGGAUCUCUGCUUGUUUCGCAAGAUCAGGACUCGAAAGUCAGUGGCUACACCAUCAUGGCAGUGUUAUCUUCUGCAGUUCCUCUUUCCAGAGACGUUCUUAUGGCAUCCAUUGAAACCAUUUUAAUUCACGCUCAGUUCGACAAUAAAAGACCACAGACACAGGCAUUUACUAGCAUCCUCAAACUAUACCAGGCAGUGCAUACCGAUCCAUUAGACUCGCUUCCUCUUUCUAUAUUCAAUCGGAUACCUGAAUUUCUGGACCAAAACUCUCCAUACUUUGGACUGAUAAAUAGGUCCCGAGAUUCCAACUUUGUGUGUUCUUAUUUGAUAACACUGAUAUCUAAUCACAAACUAGACCACAGAGCUGCAGCCGUCAGUUGUGACUUCGCCUUCACUUUCGAGCAGACUCAAGCUUUGUGCAAGGCUAUCUUUGAUAAUAUGAAUGUGCAAGACACCUCAGUCUAUGUUAACAUCUUGAAGCACAUCAAGAAUCAAUCCCCGGAAUGGUUCAGUAAAUCAUUGGAAACACAGGGAGUCAGUAUUGAUCAAUUAGAAAUGUCCCUCCAGACAACUUUGACCGAACCUCAGCAAAAUGAUGAGCAAGAAUCGUUUGAUGAAGACAAUGGAUCUGUUCCCUUAGACGAGAGUUGGGAGACCGUGAAAAGCUCCUUUGCAUCGUACAUGGAUUCUCAUGCUCAGAUUGAUACGGAAUUCUCUCUAUUGCUAAAACAUUAUAUGAAAUCCAUGCUAAAAGGUUCUGCCAACUCUUUCCUUUCUUCGUGUUUUGAAGAUACAGCGGCUUUAGUCACCUUUCUUCUACGCGCGUCCUUGUUGCAGAACAUCCCGCUCAAGGCAAGAACGUACGCACUUAAAUUAGUCUCCGCUCAGAUUCAAUCGUUGGACGCAAAGUAUAACGUUGACAUUUUGGUCCCUAUCCUAACUGUACUGCUGCUGGAUGCCAAUAGACUCAUCCGCUCCAAUGCGUUGGAGAUCUUCAAACAGGCGAACUUGAGAUCUUCCGGAAAGGAGUCCAUUUUGGAGAGAACAUUGUACGGUGACUCAACUAAGGGUAUCUCUAUGGUGUCCCCAAAAGUCGGUCAUGUAAUUAUCGAAAACAUUGUCAAGAAAGCUACUGACAUUAGCACAAGUGCUGACCAAUUUGGAAAGCUGUUUGUGUCUUUAGUUGGUGAGAAGAAAACGGGAACCAUCAUUUUAGCAUUCUUUGCUUCGCAUGCUAACAUCAUCAUCUUACCGGCUCCAAAGCUGCAUUUAGUCAGAUUAGUUACGGAUGCCGCAAAAGUGACGAAAGGAUCAUUGCCGCCAUCCCAAAUUUUGGGAAAGAUUUUAGAGUCGUUCGUGAUCGAAAGAGAGGUUUGGAGGUCGAGAUGUAUUUCCUCAGGUGUUGACUACGCAGACUUCGAAAAUCAGAUUGUUCAAAUCGUUUCAGAAAAAGAACACAACGACUCUGCCAUCAAAUUCCUUGAGGAGGCCCUUAACUGCUCUUCGGAGUCUCUGUCGAAUGCUGCUGCUGCAAGACUUGCCGAACUGCUUCCAACAUUCAAAUUUGAACAUCAGAUCCGUAUUGUCAAAACCAUAAUCGACUCCGGAUUAUCAGAGGAUGAUGCCACUAUUUGCUACGAUGCAGUUGAGUUGUUGGAAUCACUGUCUUUGUCAAACAAUUUAUUUGUGCAAAUCUUAAAAGACUCGUCUCUCAGCAAUUCAUCAGAACAGCAGUCCAAUAUUCCUAAACGAAGAAGGAGAUCAUCUGCAUCAACCCGCCAAGCAAUGAAGGAACAAGAAAUUUCUUUCAUGGCCUCCACACAUUUGAAGAAAGUGACGAUGAUACUAGACGUUUUGGAAAAAGAAAGUAGAGAAAAUUUCAAAGGCUCAUUCGAGUUGUUGAAAUUGCUGUUCGAUAUCCUUGAUGAUUUGGAAACUUUGGGUACUGACGGAAAGCUGCCAAUUUUGUACUCCGAGGAGACACUAGCUUCUUGCAUGACAAAUGUGAUCAAGUCUUUGGAAAAGUCGCAAGUGAAGGGUAAAGAAAUCACUUCGGUUCGUGCCGACAUUGUUGUCUCAGCAAUCAGAUCUUCAAACUCGCCACAGGUCCAGAACAAACUGCUUUUGGUGGUUGCUGCGCUGGCAACGUUUUCUCCAGAACUUAUAUUGCACUCUGUGAUGCCAAUAUUUACCUUUAUGGGGGCACACACAAUCAGACAGGAUGACGAGUUUUCUUUCCAUGUUGUUGAACAGACAAUUUUGUGCGUGGUCCCAGCUUUAGCCGAAGCCACUACUUCAGACAUGGUGGAAGAAGUCGAAUUUCUGCUCACUUCGUUUGUGAGUGCCUUCCAACAUAUUCCUCGUCACAGAAGAGUCAGACUAUUCACGACAUUAGCUAGAACUCUUGGCAGCUCUAGCUCAAUUCACCUGAUUUUGUUCUUGUGCGGUCAGCAGUAUGCCAACGCCUAUGCUAAACACAAAAUGGGGGACUGUUCUGCGUUGACCGACUUUUCGUGCUCGUUCUUGCAGAACUUCAAGAUCGAAGAACAGCUAGAAGCCGUUCAGAAGUUCCUGGAUCUGUGGAAAAAGGUUCCUGAAGAACCUGUGGACAAGGAGUCGCCCGAAUUUAUGGAACUAAGCUCUAGAGUCAUUUUUGGACCUGCACAUGUGGCACUAAGCAAAUCGGAGUUAUUUAAUCUGCGAAAGUGUCUGCUCUCCUUUUUGCGACAUGCCAUUUCUGAUGCCAAAGACAUCAAUGGAAUUUCUAGAUUGAGACUGAAGGUUGCCUCUGCUUGUCUUCAAGGUAUCGAUCCUCAGCCACUGCUGAACUGUUUCGCCAAGCUGGUGCAGGACGUUCUUGAGAUAAUCGACUCUCGCCAUCAGGAAAUUGAAGAAGAAGAAAUAUUGCUCAAGCUUUACAAACUCCUUAAUGAUAUCUUGGGUCUGCUUCCUAUCGAGCAUUUCGUGGAAUCUAUCUCCAACAUUCUUUCUUCUCCAAAUGCUUCAUUGAAAACUUUGAUCCAUAUCACUUCUCUCACGGCAUUCAAGUUUAAUUCUGAGCACGUCGAGGAUCCUAAAGCUCAUGAAGGAGUUGUCAGUCUACUCCCUCAUCUUUUAGCCAUGAUAAGCUCGCAGAGAGACGUGGAACUAUCACAGACUUCGCUUGAUACGCUCGCUAGUCUCUUCCAAAAAUACACCGUUCACAUCGAUUCGUCGUUGUAUUUGAAAACAUUGAAUGUUGUUACUUCCCCUGCAGGUUUGCUCAAUGGUGCCCCCGAGAUCGUGGUCUCCUCAAUAAACUGCAUUACCAAUGUGAUCAGCGUCAUUGGUGUCAAAAUGAUUGGCUAUUUCACCAAAAUUCUACCUCCACUGCUCGACAUCUUCGAGAAAACAGACGAAAAUACAGCCCCAUUAAUUCAAACUGCAAUGCUUGUUCUCUUUACUAGUCUUGUCAAGAAGAUGCCAUCGUUUGUCACUCCUAAUUUAGCAGACAUGGUCAAAAUCGUUUUUCGCUCAUCCCACGUUUCGGACUCUGUGCGCACCUCUGUGUUGACGGUUAUGGUGGAUCAUAUGGAUGGUAAAACCCUGCUACUCACCUUUUGUUCUCUUUGGAAGUUUGCCUCCAAAUUGGACGUGAUCGCAAUUGGCCUUCAUUUGUCUGCCAUGGAGAUGGUGAUAGAGAAAAUCGAUAAGAAAACUGCAGUCACCAAUUCGAGUGCAUUCGUGAAAUUCCUCUUAUCGGCGCUGGAGUACAGAGCUGACACUGAUCUGGAUAUCAACACAGUGAACAAGAUCGAGGCCUCAGUUCACAAGUGUGGUCUGCAGUAUGUGCUCAAGUUGAACGACAAAACCUUCAGACCGUUAUUCGCCUCGAUCGUGAGGUGGGCUUUUGAUGGUGAAGAUGUCACCACUUCGAUCACCGAGACAGACCGCCUUAUUGCUUUCUUUAAGCUCUUCAACAAGUUGCAGGAGAACCUCAAGUCUAUUAUCACCUCCUACUACUCAUACCUGGUGGACUCUGUUGAAUCGCUGCUAUACAGAUUGCAGAAAAGCGACCAGAUCAAUUUGAAGAGAUUGGUAUUACUUUCCUUGGCAUCAUCAUUCAAGUACGACCAAGAUGAGUACUGGCACUCAGACACAAGAUUCACGCCAAUUUCAGCAGCUCUAUGCUCUCAGUUCAGUACUAUCGAAGACUCUAUUGGUAAGUAUCUUGUUAGAGCCGUGACAAGUCUCGUGCAAGCGACAAGCUCCUCGGACGAACACAACAAGACUAUCAAUAGUCUGCUUUUGAGCCAUAUGAAGGCCACUUGUAAGCCUAAGGAGAAACUCUGGGCUGUGAGGACACUGAAAAAUAUUUAUAAGAAAGUCGGAGAGAACUGGCUUGGACUGCUUCCUCAAAUGGUUCCAAUAGUAGCCGAAUUAUUGGAAGAUGAUAAUGAAGAAGUAGAGAUGGAGGUGCGGACUGGUCUUGUGAAGGUUCUAGAGCAGACCAUGGGAGAACCUUUAGACAGAUAUCUCGACUAA